CAAAAGAUACAAAAGGCCAAUUCAAUAAAGGAGUAUUAUUUUCUGCUACUUCUGAACAAUUUUUAAACAUUUCAUUUUAGAGAUGAGCCUUUCGGUUUUACCGCUGCACAAACAUCCUGAAUAUCUAACGGACUGCUGUCGAUUGAUAAACGACGAGUGGAAAAGGAGCGACACAGCACGCAUGCACAGCUUACAAGCUUCUUGCGAUCGCCUACCUACCUCAUUAGUAUUACUGGAGAAUAAAACGGUAGUCGGACAUCUGAAACUUACCUCGAUACCCAGCAUAAGGAAGGCUUGUUUCCUGGAAUCGGUGGUUAUAGAUCGGAAAUUGAGGGGAAAAGGAUACGGGACUGUUUUAAUGAGAAAAGCCGAGGAAUACUGCAAAGACUUUCUAAGUUUAGACACUAUUUAUUUAUCAACAAAAGGACAGGAACCUUUCUACAGUAAAUUGGGCUACACCGAAUGUCUACCUAUAUCUAUAUAUGGAAGUUACAUACCUAACAGUACAGCACCUCGACAAAAAACCGAAACCGAUAAAAGUUCCGUCGUUCAAAACGCCCCACCUCCACCGCCCUUGCCGGUCACCAAAACGACGACGGCUAAUAACAGUACAAAAACUUUCAUGAAGAAACAAAUAUAGUAAACCGAUUUCUGAGCUGUUCUGUGACAAAUGCGAGAAGUUAACGCCAUAAACAAACUUUUUGUGCAUUACAUACGAUAGUUUUUCUACAAUCGACCUGCAAUGUUGUAAUUAUGUACAGAAUUUAGUUCCAUGUAAACCUGUACAGAUAAAGCAAAUUCAUUUGAGCCAUGCGGGUAGGAUGCGCAGUGGCAAAGUAGUGGUGCGGGGAAGGGAUCCCACUUGUGCAGAGCUUUUCGUUGAUUGAUUUGUGUACUUCAGGGCUCAAGUGAAAUUUGUCCAGCUCUAUUUGAAAUUUGAGGUUGUACUAUCAUAGUAAUUAAGCGCAUUUAUACUGAUAACAUUAAAUAAAUAUCUUUCACUGUCAACGAAUUUGUUUUCUUCCGUAUUCUAUUGUCGUUUGUGUGCAUUCUAAAAUGUGUGAUAGUGAUGAAGGUUGAUAUGUCUAAUAACCUUCUUGAAACGUUGAACGUUCGGAAAAAGCUAUGUUAGAUUUGUCGCCAAACAAAAAAAAAAGUAUAAAAUUUAUAAUAUAUUUAUAUUACGAGUAAAAGAAAUUGGAAGUGUUUUUUAUGUUUCUAAUGCAACAAGCAUUGUAGUACGGGGUCUUCAUAAAUGAUUACAAGCAGGCCCAGUCUGGCCAGGUCGGGUAGUCGGCAAAAUCCGACUUAUUUUGGAAGAUAGGCCCCCCAAACGACUAACGAGGGCGCCAAAAGUAUAAGAAUUUUUUUUGAAAAUUCUUGAGAUAGCCACCGUAAAUUGAAAAGAAAAAAGAAGAAUGUAAAAAUAAAAAUUGAAUCUUUUGUAGAAAUGAGAUUUAAAAAAACAUAAAAAUAACACAAAUUUUAUUAUUUUGCCCUAUACCUCUAUAAACAGUGGUGUACCUACAGGAAAGAAAGAGAGAAAUAAAUAUAUAUUCCAAACCGUAAGCCCUUUAAACUAAUAACUUCUUUAUCUAUAAGCCGUAGGCCUGGAGGAAAAACGAGAGAAUUCGAAAUUUAAAGCUUUCUUUAAGCCAAAAAAAGAUUCCGUGUGUAGUGCCUAUAAGAAUACAGAUCCCGAUAAGAGAACAGAAAAAAUAAUGAUUAUAAUAAUUAUAAUUCAAAGAAAAUCGCGGUUCGAAAUCUGAAAUACAUUGAUAAAGAAUUGUCGAAAAAUGAUAAAUCUCUAAUAACAGCUUGCUUUGAUUUGCAGAAGGUGUUAGUAACGCCCAAGUCAGAAGUCAGCGAUUUUUAUUAUAAAAGUAAAAUUGCAACAUACAACUUUAAAAUUUAUGAUUUAGGCAGCAAUCAAGGCUAUUCCUAUGUAUGGCAUGAGCAAAUAUCGAAGAGAGAACCGGAUGAAAUUGGAAGUUGUUUAUGGAUCUUUUUAAAAAGUGUUAAAGAAAAUGGCAUACGAAAGGUUAUUCUUUAUUCCGAUAAUUGCGGUGGUCAAAACGGUAAUUGUUUUUUCUUGGCGAUGUUUGCUUAUGCAUUAAUGACUUUGGAUAUGGAAAUAAUACACCGUUUUCUUGAAAUUGGCCACACGCAGAAUGAAAAUGACCGCAUGCUGUGAUUAAAGUUGCAAAAAAACGUCACUCUGAUCAGUGGAUUAGUUUAAUAAAAAUGGCUAAAGUUACUGCCCCACAGUACAAAGUAAAAGAAAUGUCUCAAGGAGAUUUUGUAACUUAAACCAAUGGUAAAGAAACAAAACUGGAAAAAAGAUAUUACUGGCUGUAAAAACCAGUAAAAUCAGAGAAAUCCACUGCAAUCCAGUCUCCCAAUAAAGUAUCUUUUAUGUAUAAUUUUGGAGAAAAUCAUAAAGAACUAGAUUUACAAACAAAAAACACAGGCAAACGCGAAGAAAAUCAAUUUCCAAAAUUGUAUCAAGGUGUGCUGCCAAUUGAUGGUAAAAAAUUAAGCGGUCUUUUGGGUCUGUGUAAGGCUAACUUGAUACCACCGACGUAUCAUGGAUUUUACAACUCCCUUCGGCCCGCUAGUAAGACUGACCACCAGGAAGAAAGUAAUAUUGACCAAGAAGAUGACUGACUCUGAAUCGUAAUAAAUUUUCCUUUUAUGUCAUUACUGAUAUUAACAAAAAUUUUUUUAUCUGAAAAUAGAAAAUGUUUAAUUUUUCUGCAUCUUAUUAGUGUAGCAAGUUGUUUCUCAAUAAAAAACUUUGUCGACGAAAACCGUAGUAACUCAUUCAAAAUCCAUUUUUUCUUAUCCUAAACUAUUUUAUUUUGAUCAUGAAUAAUUAAUUAGGACCUAAA